AUGUCCCACCUCGUUGAACAUCUGUGUAGGGUCCAUAGUUUCAACAUCACUUUCUUCACAUGGAUGCUGUCGCAGAGUGACUAUUGGUGUCAUCAUUUCAACUGUGUGAUGAACAUCCCCCUGCGCCAGGAGACUUCCUUGAACUGUGGUCAUUCUCAAGGCACUGGAAUGAUAUCAUGGAUCUGGCUGGUAUUGGACAGAGGCACUACUGGUCACUCUGAGAAUGAGUGUGUUCAAGGUUUGUCCACAUGGGAUCUCCUUGCUCUCUGCCUUCUGAGCUUCUGCUUGGGAUCCAAUUUUAGGGGCACAAUUAUCUGGUCUGUUGCUGAGGGCCUCCUUGCUCUCCACCUCAUUGAAUGGUUCCACAUUCAAUGUUUCAAGUUUGUACCGGUAUGGACACUCCAACACCCCAAAGCCCAGUUUUCUGGUGGGAGGAUCAACUUGAAGGGGGAAUUCUAUCAAAGCUCACCUGCAUGUGCUUUCUCCCCAUCUUCAGCUGCUCUUUCCAUAUUCAUUGCCAUGACCUGGGGAGAAACUAAACCUGCACAAAUUUGUGAAAUGUUUCACAAGCAAAAUAUCAAUAUGCAACAAAGUUCACUUUCAACAUAUCCCAUCCUGAAAGUGAAGCGAUCAGUUUUCCAAAAGGCUGCUCAUAAGGAUACCGAACCUUUUGCUGUGGAUACUGACUCCAUUGCCUCUGGCAUGGACCUCCAUCUGCACACCAAUCCACUGCAUCCACCUUUCACAUUAGGGGUGUCACUUUGUCCACCCAGGGCUUUGCUCAAAUGCAUGUUUCCUGAUGCUGUUAUAUUCCCUUUAGCACCUUUAGCCACUCUGAAAUCUCCUUCAUCCUCAACAACCACAUCUUCCCCUAUGUCCACCAUUCAGGCUCUUUUCAAACAGCUCUGCGAUCUUGGCUAUUAUUCUGAGGAGAAGAAACAAUGGACAUCCAGAGCUAAUGCUCCUGACUUCAAGAAAGAGUACCUCAAAGAUACAGAACACAACUUUGCAACCUUCAUAGAGAUCAUCAUACUCAAAAUGCUCGAGCUCAUCAGCACCAAUUUUGUAGUGUGGACUUGGGUUGCCAGCGACAGAGAUGCAUUGUUGGGUUGUUUGGAGAGUCACAAACCUGACAUCUUUGUCAGAAAUAAAGAAUGGAGAGACGAUCAUAGGAUCGAUUUAGUUACAGUGUAUGAUCACAGAGGGUCUAUCACAGCACCAUUUACCAAUAUCAACACACAAGCCCUUCUUUUCUAUCAGCUCAUUUUGGGUAUAUCUUUUGCUGAGAGACACUACAUUGGCUAUGAUACCAGUAUCAGUGGGUCUGGAGCAUCUCGUCGGCUGAGGUUAGACCUAGCUUGUGACAGGCUGGGCCUCCAGGAUCUUGAAGUGCAGCUGGUACUUCAUGUGACAGGCAGGAUAAACAGCUGCAGAAUGACCAUCCACUUGCUGAAGGUCGUCUCAGAGGUAGUUGCCAAUUUCUACAGCGAUGGAGGCAUGCAAUACAUGAGUCUUCCUGGCAUGAAACCUGGAGAUGAAAAUUUCAGGAUCAUCUCCAAGAACUCUUGGGAGGAAGACAGAGAGGAAGCACUGAGUGAAGGUUCUAUUUUACAGCUCCUUCAUGCCAAGGGAGUUCAGGGUGUUUCAUGGUGUUUAGACGAAAGGCCUGUGCCAGCUCCCAACCCACCCAUCCCCCCAAUGUCUGUGGUUUAUCAACCUCAGUUCAUUGACAAUACCAUGUAUAUCUGCUCUUGGUGGGGUGUGUGGAGUUUGCACAAGCAAGCUAGUAGUGUCUUAGCAAAUUCUGGCAAGGGAUCCUAUUCUAUUCUCCAUCAUGACAUGAGCCUGUGGAACUUUAUGAUUGUAUCUCAAAGGUGUUUGGAUUGGCCUGUGGAAAGGGAAUGGGUAUCCAAAGAACUUCGAAAUAUCUGGGACUCACUUGAAAGUUCAGGAUUAGGGGAGUUUGUUGACUUGACCCAUGAAGAUAUUGAAGUUUUUGAACCCAUAAAAUGGGAAGCGCAACUGCAAGAGGUUGUCAAUGGCAGUGAAGAAGAUAAUAUGUGUCACUGUCUUCACCCUACACCUGAUGUGCUUGCUGACACUUCUCUUGCUACCUACACUAUUCCUCCCCUGUGGGAAUGUGUGGAUGGCACCCUUAUAUGUCUGAACACUCAGACAUUCAUUCAUGGUGCAAUGCAUGGGAACCCUCCCCUGAACUGGGUGAACGAAACUCUGAGAAAGAAAAAUGAAGCAGUUGAGGCUGCAAUCAAAUCACUUCUGAGUGACAAGACUCCUGUGGGUCUUGAACACUUCCACCCUCAAGUGAUGCUGGCUGAAUGGAAGGCCACCCAUGCAGUAAUCAAUGAGGACAGCAAUUUCAAGAUCCCGCCAAAAAUGAGCAAGGCACUCCCACCAGGGGUGUUACAUAGCAUGGCACAUCAUCAACCCUAUGUCAACAAUGGAAUUUUCGAUCAUGUUUUGGUGAUCCCUCUGCCAUCAACUGUGAAGGGUUAUUCCCAGUCCAGUCAGCAGUGUGCAGCUAGUGGUAACCUCUCCAACCCAUCAUCCUAUUGUCAGUGGCUAGACCAGAACAAAACUGUGGUGAGGAAGCAUCCAUAUCUGCAAGAGGAUGCUUCAGCAGUCUAUGUUGGGGUGUUCAGGGGCUCACAGGAUGCAGGUGGCAAGAGGCCAAGGUUGGAUUCAAUGCAUAUAGGUAUUGGGCUUGGGACACAAUCUUGA